CUUCCAAAGCAUUUCACUCCUUUUCACUGCAACACACUUCCUUGGAAUAUUCCGCCCUAAAUUCCCUUUUUUCCUUAAUAUAUAUAUAAAUGGUUUCGUCUUAAAGUUCCUUUGCCCUUACUUCCUUCUCAUCCCUUAUUUAUCUCAACCAACAACCCCUUCUAACACAAAUGCCCAUUCAGGGAAAACAAAAACAUUAAUGGCUACUUCUGGUACAAGAGUCAAACGAGUUACUGACCCGCUCGACGACAGAGUCAAGGCGCAACUCGUCGGCGUCCGCUACUCCAGCAGUGGAAGCGAACAAUCGGACUCCACCCAUGACGACUCUCCCUGCCUCUCGGAACUCGUUCAUAGUUUCUUGGAAGAUGAUCACGGUACUGCUGAACAGACCGGUUACCAAUCUGACUCUGAACGAGUCGACUCCAACAUUGAUGCUGCUGACUCCCUCCAGAUCAUUAUCAAGUCCUCCUUUCUUAACAGCACGGGUUCUUACUUAAAUCGGCUCACGGAUACCGUUUUGAAUGCAAUAGAAAUGCUUUCGUUUUUCAAGACGGAUAAAGCUAUUUUCAGGCGUAAAGUAAUGGCUUAUCUUCGCCAGGUCGGCUACAAUGCAGCGAUCUGCAAGACCAAGUGGGGUUCUUCUGGUGGUCUAACCGCCGGAAACUACGACUUCAUCGACGUGGUGCAAUCGAUAUCACCCACGCGGCAAACCAGGUACUUCGUUGACCUUGAUUUUGCCUCCGAGUUCGAGAUCGCGAGGCCGACAACCGAUUACUCGAGGCUACUGCAGUAUUUGCCUAGGGUUUUCGUGGGGAAAAGCGAGGAAUUGAAAAAGAUGGUCAAUCUCAUGAGUGAUUCGGCGAAAAGAUCGUUGAAGAGCAAACAGUUAUCCCUCCCACCUUGGAGAAAACACCGUUACAUGCAGAACAAAUGGUUCGGUCCGUACCGUCGGACGACGAACCAGAUCCAAGCAAACAACAGCUCAUUGAGCCCCGCGACGAUCAACAACGUCCAAUGCCGCUACGUUGGCUUCGAGGACGCCGUCAACGGCAGUUUGUUCGUCCGUACGAGAUAAUUUGGUCAGACGAGAAAACCAUGUUUCCAAAAUAAUCAUAUGUAAAUAAACAAAAUGUAUAUUUUAUUACUAAAUAAUAGUGUAACGCGGCAAAUAUGCAUCAGAAGUAGCCAAUCUGAUCACGUGAUUGUCUGUAACCUGAAAAUAAAUAAUGGAAGAUAAAAAGAAGAA